AUAUGUUUUUUGAAGUAACACCUCCACGUCCAAAAAUUAGGAAUCAACCAUCAGCUGAUGAAGAUGUUGCAAUUUUAUCAUUGGCACCAUUUAGUGCAAUACCGAAAAUAUGUUUUGAAAAUGUAAAAGUUGGAGUGAAUGCAACACGAAAAAUAUGCAUAAAGAAUCCUUGGUCGUUUAUUAUAGAUGUGGCAAUACUUAAAGUACCUGAAGUAAAUAAUGAAGAAAUCGACGUGAGUUGGACAAGUACAGAUAUAACAGCAUGUGGUGAAACGAUUUUGGAACUACAUUGGUGUCCGAAAGAGCCAGGAGCAUGGCGAGAUGUUUUACGAAUAUCAAAUGAACAUUCAAAAUUAAAACGAGAUGUUUAUGUCAUUUUUAAAGCAGUUCUUCCAAAACAGAUAAAAAGUCCAACAAAACAACGAGGUCGAAUAGUUAGUUCUCGCCCAAGCUUUGUCACAACCAAAGUUCGUAAAGUCUAUAACAGCAAUAAAAAAAGAUUAUCAAUAUCACCGAAAAAAAGACAAUCGUUAUCGCCAAAAAAACGACAAUCUAUAUCACCAAAAAGAAAAUCACCAAAAAUUGUCCAAAAAUCGACAUCGUCAGUUCAUCCGUUUUCAUUCACACAGCCAAGAAAUCAUCCAACUUCAUCGUUAUCAAGUAAAGCACAUACAUAUCCACAGCAACGAAGUUAUCCAAAAGAAUUACAAAAAAAUAAUAAGGAAAACUAUAAUCCAAAUACCGGUGUUAUGGAUAAUUUUACAGCGAAAAAUGUUACUUACGACGAAAAAUACGGAAAUGAAAAUAAUAUAUCAUUUAAUUUAAGUUUUAAUCAACAUAAUCAUAAUGUCGAUUUUUCAUUCGAUCUUAAAUCGCCGUUAUCACGAGCAAAUGCCUUAACCGUACCUGCAAAUUAUAAUUAUAAUCGUAAAAGUACAUUUGACGUUAUUAACCGACCAGAAAUUUUUAAUAAUCGUAAAGCUACAUUCGAUGUUUUCAAUCGACCACAAAUUUUUAUCGAAAAUGAAACUUUUAACGAUAGUCUAGAAAAUAUAAUAGAAGACACUCCAAAACUAUCAGAAACUACAGUAAAUUUUUCGACAUUGCUUAAUUCUGAAUCAUUUUGUUUUACACCAUUAGAUAAACGUGAAUCAAAGCGUGAUGUUCUGGCAAAUAAUACAUUGUUUCGACGAAUAGACACUGAAAUUAAAUUUUCACCUCAAAUACUACCGACUCCAAGAAAUGACACUUUCGACGUAUCUCAAAACAUUAGUACAAAUACAUACACAAAAGAUCCUGUUACACCACAACUAUCACCAAUUUCCACAAAAAAUUUAGACCAAAAAGAUGGUUACAGUAAUCAAUGUUCGUUUUUAAAUAAUUGUGAUCAAAUUUCGCCAAUUUUACGUGGAAGUUUUAACAAUGCUUCAAUUACAUCCCAAGCAAAUAUUUCCACAAGUACACAAAAAAAUUUCGAUUUUAAUUAUAGUGGACGUCAAGCGAAGAAUGUUAUCGAAGCGAAUUUAUGGUCAGAUAAUAAUAUUUCACAAAGUGGAUCAACAUUUGUCGCUACUUCGCCCAAACAACCGAAGUUUUUGUCGUGCAUUCAAGAAGAAACACAUGUUAGUUACGAAUCACCGUUCAAAAAACCAAAAACCUAUGAAGAACCGCGACGUAGGCAAACUACUUGUAACUCUUGGACAAAAAUGGAUGCGUUAAAAAUUAAACGAUUAUCAAUGAGAAAUUCAACUAUUACAGAAAAAUCAGUACGAUUACAUAAUCCAGAUGAAAUUAUUUACCGUUUAACGAAUCCGGAUCCAUUUUCUGCAGUGAUCACCCACGAUCCAUUUAUGUCAAGUACACUAUGCUACGACGAACAAUGGGUUUAUAAACAAGAACUUGAAUUCAAAAAAUGGCUAAAUGCAUUAUUAACGCCUCAUAUGGAAUUAGAAUGUAAAGAAACACAAUCGAAAAUCGAUAUUGCGAAAAUAUGGGAGAAAUCUCGUAAUAAGGAUGUAGUUUAUGCACCAAGUAAAGAAACAGUUUCAUCAUUGUACCACACAAAUAAUCGUUUGAAUUCGUUAAGAAAAAAGUCGAUAGCAUUAUUUAAUUCAUCAGAAAUAACCGGAGUUUUAUCGAAAGUGAUGAGUAUUAUUGAGAGAAAAAAAAUUACAAUACGCGAUGAUAAAAAUUUACAUUUAGAUCUUGGACUACAAGCAGAAAUUAUGCAGUUGCUACUAUGCUACAAUCCAUUAUGGCUACGAAUUGGUCUAGAAUCAGUGUAUGGUGAGACUAUACCGCUUCGAUCCAAUUCAGAUAUAAUUGGAUUAAGUACUUUUAUAAUUUUACGGUUUUUCACGGAUCCAUUUUUGAAACAAAAACAUUCAGUGGCAAAUGUACGUAAUGUGUAUUUACCGACUUUCGCUCCAGCCAUGAAAAAAUUCACACUAAAGAAAUUUUUAAUGCUUGUAUAUUUUCUAGAUCAAGCGAAACUAAAAAAAUUAAUUCCACAUGAUCCGUGUUUGUUUUGUACCAAUGCCCCAAUCAAAGAAAGUCGACAAAUUUUACUUGAAUUUUCAAAAGAAUUAUUAGCGGGUGUUGGAGACAUUACAAAAUAUUUAAAAGUCGCUGGAUGUGUUUUAACAUAUAAACAAGUAGCUCUAGAUGAAUUCGUAUACGCAGUAAAAGAUGUUGGAACCGAUUUACGAGAUGGAGUACGUUUAACGCGAGUAAUGGAAAUUAUUUUAAUGAGAAAUGAUUUAUCAAAAUACAUGAGAACACCCGCAAUUUCUCGUUUACAAAAAAUUCAUAAUGUAAAGGUUGCAUUUACUGCGCUUGAAGAGGCUGGAUUUGUGUUAUUAGGGGACAUUGCCGCUAAGGAUAUUGUUGAAGGCCACCGUGAAAAAACAUUGUCUUUACUUUGGCAAAUCAUUUAUAAAUUCCGUGCACCGAUCUUUAACGAAGCGGCAAAAGUUAUACAAGAAUGGUGGAGAUCAUUUCGAAUUAUUAUCAUUCGACGCAUUCGGCAAAAGCAACGUGAUAAAAUUUUGUAUGAAAAACAAAAUCGGGCAGCAUUUAUCAUACAAAAGUAUUUUCGAAGUUAUAUACUAACAUUAAAGACACGAUACGAAUAUCUACGUAAAAUUUCUUUAGUACGCAAAGUGCAAAAUCGUUUCCGUGCCACUAUUUUAAUGCGGAAACAGCGUGCAAAAUUUUUAAAAAUUAUUUCCAGUGUAGAAAUUAUUCAACAACAUUUGAGAGCUACGUUGGUUAUGAAAAUAUAUCGUGAAGAAUUUCUACGUUUGAAGUACUCCGUAAUUUUGAUUCAACGAUGGUUUCGAUCAACAUUACCUAUGAAAAAACAAAGAAUAAUUUAUAAAAUUCAAAUAAAUGCAAUUAGAACAAUCCAAGCAUACUUAAAAGCAACCUUGACAAUGCGCAAUCAGCGUGAACAUUAUUUACGCUUACGAAAUAAUACAGUAACUAUUCAAAAACGAGUGCGAGCUACGCUAUUAAUGAGACAACAACGUGCUGUCUAUUUAAAACUACGUUCUACGAUUAUAAAAAUUCAAGCACUUUAUCGAAUGAAACGUGUUCGUAAUAAAUAUUUAAUAAAACUUCAAGCAAUUCGAUGUAUACAACAACAUUUUCGAGCUUACAGUUUAAUGAAAGCACAGCGAGGCCUAUUUACAAAACUACGCGAAAGUGCAAUCAUCAUUCAAGGCAAAUGGAGAGCAACAUUAUUGAUGCGACAGCAAAGAAUUGCGUAUUUAACGGUUUUACAACAAUUAGAAAUAGCAAAACAAGAGAAAGCAGCGAAUGUAAUCGUCAAUCAUAUUCAAGCUUUUAUCUUAAUGAAAAAACAACGUUGUUAUUAUUUACAACUUAAAAACUCUGCUCUUAUUAUUCAAAAUCGUUAUCGAACCAAGCAACAGCGACAAAGAUACCUUAAAACAUUAACAGCAAUUCGUUGCUUACAAAGUCAUUUAAGAGCAACACUUUCAAUGCGUAGAGAUCGAGAAAAUUACAUUAAUAAAUUAAAUGCAAUUCGAUUAAUACAGACUUCUUGGAGAGCUACACUUCAAAUGAAAACUGAACGUAAAAAGUAUUUGGUAUUGUUGAAAUCGGUUCAAACCAUUCAAAAUUACUAUCGAAAUUAUCGUUUAAGUGUAAUGCAAAGAAAUGUAUUCCUCAAAAUUAAAAAUAGUACAAUUUUAAUUCAAAAUCAUUGGCGUGCUACACUUUUAAUGCGAGAGCAUAAAAAUGAAUUUAUUCGAAUUAAAAAUGCUACAAAAACUCUACAAACUCGAUUUAGAGCACAGUCAUUGAUGAAAAAAGUUCGCCAAGAUUAUUUAUCAAAGAUCAACGCAGUGAAAUGUAUUCAGCAUUUCUAUCGAAAUUAUAAAUUAAUGACUCAGCAAAGAUGGAAUUUUUUGAAAUUGAAAAAUAGUAUCGUUAAAAUACAAAUUCAUUGGAGGGCCACACUUUUAAUGCAGAAACAACGAACUGAAUUUAUUCAAAUACAAAAUGCUGUAAAAACAUUACAAAGGCGUUUUAGAGCAAAAUUAUUAAUGAAAAAAGCUCGUAAAGAUUACUUAGCGAAGAUCCAAGCAGCAAAAUAUAUUCAAAACUUCUAUCGAAGUUAUAAAUUAAUGACGCAACAAAAAUCGAAUUAUAUUGACUUAAAGAAGAAAGUGUUAUCAAUUCAAAGUCAUUGGAGAGCCACACUUUUAAUGCGAAAAGAUAGAAAUGAAUUUAUUCGAAUUCAAAAUGCUACAAAAACUCUUCAAACUCGACUUAGAGCACAAUUAUUAAUGAAAAAAGUUCGUCAAGAUUAUUUAACAAAGAUCCAGGCAUCGAAAUGCAUUCAGAACUUCUAUCGAAGUUAUAAGAAAAUGACUCAUCAAAAGUCGCAAUACUUUGAAUUAAAAAAGAGUACGUUAAUUAUUCAAAAUCGUUGGAGGGCUACAUUAUUAAUGCGAAAACAUCGAAAGGAGUUUAUAAGAGUUCAAAUUGCUACGAAUAUAAUUCAAAGUCGGUUAAGAGCGCAGCUAUUGAUGAAAGCAGUUCGCAAAGAUUACUUAAGGAAGGUCGAAGCAGCAAGGUGUAUUCAGAAUUUCUAUCGAAGUUAUAAAAUAAUGAUCCAACAAAGAUCAAGAUACUUAAAAUUGAAAAAUACCGCUCUAAUUAUUCAAAAUCGUUGGAGAGCUACGUUAUUAAUGCGAAAACAUCGAAAUGAGUUUAUUAGAAUUCAAAUUGCUACGAAUAUAAUUCAAAGUCGAUUAAGGGCGCAGCUAUCGAUGAAAAUAGCUCUUAAAGAUUACUUAAGGAAGAUCGAAGCAGCAAAAUGUAUACAGAAUUUUUAUCGAAGAUAUAAAUUGAUGACCCAACAAAAAUCGAGUUACUUAAAAUUGAAAAAUAGUGCUUUGAUUAUUCAGAAUCGUUGGAGGGCCACGGUAUUAAUGCGAAAUCAUCGAAAGGAAUUUAUUAGAAUUCAAAUUGCAGCGAAUAUAAUUCAAAGUCGAUUAAGAGCAUUCUUAUUAAUGAAAAAAGUUCGCAAAGAUUACUUAAGGAAGAUCGAAGCAGCCAAAUGUAUUCAGAAUUUCUAUAGAAGUUAUAAAUUAAUGACCCGACAAAGGUCGAGUUACCUAAGAUUAAAAAAUAGUACUUUGAUUGUUCAGAGUCGAUUCAGAGCUACAAUUUUAAUGAGAAAACAAAGAUUCGAAUUUAUUCAAAUUCAAAAUGCUACCAAAAUAUUACAAACUCGAUUUAGAGCGCAAAUAUUAAUGCGCAAAACGCGCAUGAAAUAUUUAAAGAUGGUAAAAUCCGCACAAAUUAUCCAGAAUUAUUAUCGAGGAUACAAAAUAAUGAUGCGAGACAGAUUGUAUUACUUAAAGUUGAAAAAUUCACCCAGAAUGAUUUUAAUGCGGAAAUAUGGUGAUCGAUUUACUAACAUAGACAAUGCUACAAAAACAAUUCAAAGUAGAUUUAGGGCGCAAAAAUUGAUGAAACAAACACGUCAAGAUUACAUACGUAAAUUAAACGCUACGAUUACUAUUCAAAAAUAUUAUCGUGCUUAUUUAUGCAUGAGACAGCAGCGUGAAAAAUAUUUACAAAUAAAACGGAGUAUAAUAUUCAUUCAGAAUAAAUGGAGGACAAUGAUUCAAAUCAAAAGAGAAUCAGCAGCUACGAAAAUACAGGCGUAUUUCCGUGGCUACAUUAUAAGAAAACAACAAUGUAAAAAAAUGAAACUAAUUCGCCAACGAUCUAUAGAAGCUACACUCAAAGCUACUACCGAAAACACAGUUGGUUUUAAAUGUUCCAGAAUAAUGGAUUAUUUCCUUAGUGAACGAAUGACAAUACUUUCUCUUUGUCAUGCCUUACAACAAUUUGAUAUACUAACGACGGUAUGCCCAACAGUUUGUGUUGGUUCAGUGAUUGUGAUAACUGAUCAAAUUUUUCUUAUUUUUGAUUUUUCCAAUCGCUCUGAACCAUAUCGACAAGCUUGUACUCUUGGUAGUAAUGUUUUAAAUAACUUCAUUGGAUAUCAAGGGACACGUACACAAAUAUUAAGAGCAAUGGAUGUCGAGAAAAUAAAUAUUUUAUUAAAGUUAAUGAAUGCGUGGGCUGAUAAAGAUUUUGAAUUAUUUCCAAACUUAUGUACAUUCUUGUGGAUAUUGUGCCAAAAUGAAGAACAAAAACAGCUAAUAAAAGAAGCAUCAAAUUCUUUGGUAAUGUUAAGAAAUAUGCAUACGAAGGCGAAACGUUUGGAAACAAUAAAAACCAACAAACAUCAGCAUGGCCAACAAAAAAUCCAAAAAUUAAAAUUACCAACGACCAAAUCCUGGUGGAAAGACGAACGUUUUACAAACUCGUUGUUUGGAAUAACAAGUAUUUUAAAACUGUUUAAUAACGACAUUUAAUUAAAGACUGUAUUGCUUUUUAACUCUUUUGUAGUAUAUUAUUUUAACCAUUUAUUGAGAGAAUUUUUUAUGGCAUGAUCAAAUACUAAAAAUAUUGAUGGUCUUGGGUUUCUUCAAAAUUGAGACACCCAAUACUUAAGUCAAUAUACAUUAUUGUAAAGUACUUGGUCAUAUCAUAGAAAUAAUCUAUUUUUUGCUCUAAUAACUGGUCCAUUUGUUUUUAUUUUUGUGAUAGUGUAUUUAUUUUAUAUAUACAGCGAAUCCUAGUUAAGUCAUUUUAUCAACUGGGAUCCUUAGCAAACGAUACUUAAAAUUUUUGUAUAUAGGAACAUACUACGUCUUUAUUUCUACAAAAGUGUGCACAUAAUAAUUCAUAUUAGACACGCCAUUGAAUUCUUCUAAAUUUUAAUUCUAUAUAUUUUUAACGUGAAAUAAUGUAUAUUUUCUCUCAAUUUUCGAUAUUCCGUACUGACUAGGGUCCAAUUGAUGAAAUAUAACAAGGUUUUACUGUAUUUUCUUUAG